ACCAUGAAAGAGAAGAGCAAUUACAAAAUUGACCUUGGAGACAUCACGAAGCACAAUGUGGGUCAGUUGAAGCGUCUCAAUACGGUCAUUUUCCCAGUGAUGUACAAUGACAAGUUCUACAAGGAUGUUCUGGACCUGGGCGAACUGGCUCAGUUGGUCUACUUCAAUGACAUCAUAGUUGGUGCGGUGUGUUGUCGGGUUGAAAAGGGCGGGCCUCCCCAGAACCCAAACAACACCCACACCCCUUUGCCCAGUCCGGGAUUCCGAGACAAAAACCAGAAGAAAAUUUACAUUAUGACUCUCGGCUGUCUACCCAAGUACAGACGGUUGGGAGUUGGAACUGUUAUGUUGGAACAUGUCUUUAAACUAUGCGAGAAGUUCCCAGAUGUUGAGGCGGUGUAUUUGCAUGUGCAAUUGGGAAACGACAGUGCCUUGGAGUUUUACAAGAAGGAAGGAUUCGAGAUUACAAAUACAGUGGAAGGGUAUUACAAAAGGAUUGAACCAUCUUCGGCCUAUGUUCUAGAAAAGGUGAUCAACAGCCCGAAGGAAAGUGCAGCUGCCUCCAAGUGAAUUUUGAACUUGAACUUGAUAUUUUAGUUUUUGUAGUAAAAAGCUCUUUGAGCUGCAAUGUCUCUGCUUUGAAAUGAGAUAGUUUCUUUUUUUCCAUUUAUAUCUCACUAUGAUUGCAAAUAUCUGAAUCA